ACUCAAUGCAGGCCGUCGCGUUAGUCUAGGGGCGUUUUGCGUUAAGCGAACAACAGCUCAGCCACGGUGACAGUGCGUACAGCGACGUGGUGUUUGCGGUCUGUGCAUUAUCUGCAGAUUAUCUUGGCGAACGAAUAAUCCCGGGAGUGUCCUUUUUUUGUUUAUGCGUGCGUUCGUCCAAAACGUCUCCGAGUGUUUCUGUGCAGGUUUUUGAGGUAAUUUGUAGUGAGUCGCGUGUACGUUGCUGAGAAUGGAAAACAGCUUUAGUUCGCAGCUAGCUCAACGUGAGCUGGUUGAUCGUUCUUGAGAAGAUCCUUGUGGUCAGAAAUUUGUGAAGUUCGUAACGUAUCGUAAUUGAAGCGUGUCAGUUCGGUUCCGCUGAGAUGACAGUACAAGUUUUGGCGCCAAGUGAUGCAGAGAUUGCUUUCGUCCUUUAGACUGAGCGUUUGUGACGGUUUUUAUAUCAGUGAGUUCUUUGGAUAACGACAGGAUCCGACCUUAAUCAAACUUGGUGGUGCAGGUGUUAUAAGCAAACCAUCGUAAAGGUUUAUCCGAUCGUCCACCAGGAUUGCACCCAAUCCUGCGUCAAACUGUGCCCCGGCGCACAGGUGGAUUUUCAAUAAAUAAUCCUUAAUUAUUCAGCACGAUUUACCCAAUGAAAUGGUUAGCGGUGAACGAAUCCAUUUAUAUUUCACAAUAAUGUAGAUUUAUGGUACGACGCUGCAAACAAAUGCACGCAUUUUUUUUGCAUCGGAUUUUCGGCAACCUACCCAAAUUUUCGAGCACUCAAACGGCUUUUGUCACGUGCAAACAGGGCAGGCGGGCGAAUCGUGUGGUGUGAAAUCCAUUACCGAAAGGAAAAAUUGCGUGUGUGCUUUGCGGGUGUGAGCGUUGUGUGAAAAGGGCCGGUGGAAGUAAAUUAAAAACGGAUACAAAUCCAUUUGUGAAACGGAAGAAGCAACCGUAAACGGUGGGGGAAAAAAUAUAAAGUAAAAAGCAAAGCCAACGAAAAAAAAAAGAUGUGCAGUGAUAUUCAAAACCGAUCCCAGCAACCCGGCCCGUGAAAAAAGCUGCCCGUAAAGAAUAAAGCGGAAAGAUACAAAUGUGCACCGUGCCAAAUGUGCUAUAAAAUGAGCCAGACGGAUGAAAUCAUCGGCUAGUCAUUAAAAAGGGGCAAUUUGUGUGUGUAAGUGUGUACGUGUGUCACAGUGCAUGAGUGAAGCGCAUUGCUGUGAGUGUAUUGGUUGUUAGUGUGUCUGUGUGCGACAGGCUCUGUGUGUGUAGGUGUGCGUGUACGUGUGACCGAUUCGGCGGUGUAUGUGCACAAUCCGUUAAGCGAGGAACAACAACAACAACAUUCUACAACGCACCACUGCGCCAAACGGAAGUGUCCGGGACUUCGACUUCGAGGGAUAACAGGUGCAACGUUCCAGCGGCCGUUGCGGAGUCGUCCUUUACAGAUUAACGGUGUCCCAUUAAAACCCGGAUCAAAUAUUCGCACGCGAUAGAUUUCAAACAGUCAAAAUGGUUGGUGCUUGGUUUAAAUUGCUAGCCAGCUUGCUACGCCCAUCACGGUCCAUCAGCUGCAACGUGCUGAAACGGUUCAUCAGCAUCGGCAUCCUGCUACAGAUCAUCACCAAUUGUGAUUACGGCUUCGGUGCGAUCCGAUCGAUAGAGCUGGUGGUGGAUCCACCCGCAGUGCGUCGCGGACAGCAUGCCACGUUGCGCUGUUUGUACGAACUGGAUGAUUCCCCCCUAUACUCCGUGAAGUUCUACCGCGGUUUGCGAGAGUUCUAUCGCUACUCGCCAGGCCAGCAACCGAGCAAGAAAAUUUUCCCAUUUCCCGGUAUCAAUGUCGACGCGACCAUGUCCGACAACCGACAGGUGGUUAUCAAAAAUGUGGGCUUCGGACUGUCGGGCAAUUUUUCGUGUGAAGUUACUGCGGACGCACCAUCGUUUUCCACCGCCACCGAACACAUCAGCAUGCAAGUAGUGGAGCUUCCGGAGAGUGUACCCACCCUAUGGACGGAGCAUACCCGGUACGAGCCGGGAGACGUGCUGCGAGCGAACUGCACCUCACAACCAUCGAGACCGAAGGCCGAGCUAACGCUGACACUGAAUCAUAUGGUGCACGAGUCACUGGUCUACACAUCGCACGAAGAAUCACGAAUCACCACGGACAAUCUGAUUUCGAGCAGUCUCACCUUACGGCUGCACCUUCAAAGCUCACACUUCGUGUCGGGCCUAAUGGGCGGUGCGUCCGGACCGGGCGGAGCACUAUUGCUGCGAUGUACCGCCACCAUCGGCAAGCUGUACGAACGCUACACGGAGCUCGAGCUGGGCGUUCCCCAGCGGGAUCCAAUACCGGCCAGAGUCACAUCGUCCGGCGGUGCAAGCAUAUUCCCGUGCCCGGCAGGAGUGCUGCCCGGUAGCCGAAAUCUAUGGGCGCUCGUGCUCAUCCUGCUGACACUGGUGCUGCAUAACAACCAGUCCUCAUUAGCCCAAAUCAGUCGACCGCUCGCCACGCUCGGUGCACUUCUUCGAAGAUAGUUUGCCUCUCGACCGGGCCGAAGCCGUGCUGCAGUGACCACCGGUCGCAGGAAGUGAUGUUGGGGAGUGUGACUACUGACUACUACUGAAUGCUGUUAGUGCUAACGAGACCCAUUGCGCACCGCACCUCUCCUAAGCAAUCCCUUACCCCCCCCCCCCCCCUCCAUGGGCAGGCAGCAAAGAAUGGAUCCCUCGUCGUCGCCCAGCCAUUUUCCAGAUCCAACAAUUACCCACAGCCGUCGAUGGAGCUUACUGGGAAUGUUCUGCCCGAGCACAAAGAGAUUGAUCCCCAUUCGGAUUCGUCGUAUAGUGCGUUAUUCUUUACCAUGUCAUAGGAAUAUGUUUUUUUUUUCUUUUUCGGCUCCUGCCAGUCCUUUUUUUGUUUCCCUGCUCCUGCUCCUAGCCCAUCCUUCCAUGCAUAUUCACACGUACAUAUUAAUGUGUGUCAGCUCGUCGUCGAUAAGUCAUGCGGUUGGGUGAGAAUAGUUCUGCAGCUGCCUGCUGCAGACCGCAACCAUCACUUCGUCUGCAACACAAGCCAAAGCCACGACCGUGAUGUUUAGAAUGACAUUAAUGAUAAUGAUGAUGACGAUGAUGAUGAUGAUGAUGAUGAGUGUUUUGCACAACUCUUUGCGUUACGGGUGUCCUUUCACGUUCCAAACAAUGUCUUCAACGUUCGCUCACCUUUUAUGAGGGUAUUCUCAAACGCGUGGUUUAUUUAUCAGAAUUUAUUGUAUAAAUAAAUCUGAUAAGCAUCAGACCGGGAUGAAAACACAUUUCUUUCACUACAUUGCAACGUUCGUAGUCUCAUUAAAGUUAAUCAAGGAUAAUCACACAUCAUAGAACUUGCGCUUAUUUUCGCAUCGCACAUCAGAUAAACGAUAAGGUUAAAUAGUAAUUACCUUCAUCAAAUAUCGUGUCGCUCGUCGUGUUUGAAAAUAACUCCAUCAAUCGAUCCGUUUGAUGUUUCCCGAUAACAAAAUACCGACCAUCAAAACUAGUUCCCAAAAAAACAACCUAUCGCAACUAAAAACACACCAAAGCUAUAAUUGAAUGUAAAUUUUGCCUUGAUGCUGGCACGUGCGGUGUGAGCAUUUGAUAAUGAGAGGGCCGAUGGAGUGCGAGCGCACGAAAUCCUUUAUCAUAAGGAGUGAAACGUUUACUUUAACAAAAAAAAACAAAAAAGGGCUUGAAAGCGUGAGGUAAAUUUCAUUUAUUCGUUUAGCUUUACUCGCCCGCGCUCUCUCUUUGCUUCGGGUUUUCUCCGCAAAAAAAUCACCAAGCUGGGUGAAAAACUCAUUUCACUGUUUAAUUUUCCGCCUUUUUUCUCCGCCGUUUUCUCUGCGCGCCCGUGUGUGUGUGUAUGUGUGGGAAUAUGCAACAUCAAACUGCCGCACCACACCACCAUUGAAAGGAAGUGUCUAGAGUGCAUUCGGUCACCGACGAUGCACCAACCCACUAGUCCCUCACUAUCAUGAGGCCAAUCAUGGCUAUUUCGGAAAAUACGGCAGAUAGCAGCAGCACCAGCAGCAGCAGCAAAACGCGACCGAAAGGCACGGCACGGUUGUCCGGCACGGUUCCACAAGCGAAAAUUUAAUUGAAAAUGAAUAAAUGAAGUUAUGCUGCUUUGGUGCACUUUCGUUUGAUGUGUCGAUUUUUGUUUUCCACAUUGCAGCCGAGCUGGCCGGCAUGCGAGCUGGGCCGUGUCUGUUUUUCCUCGUGUAUUUGCGCGCAUUUCGAUACGGUGCUGGUGGGAAAAACUGCAAUCGGAAGGUUUUUUCAACUCUUGCCAACACUUGUUUCCAAAAGCGCUUGCCAAUAAGCGACAUCCAUUUUCGGGGGUCCCAUUCACCGUUGUGACCAUAUUGGUGGCUUACGAAAUGGGGAAUUUGAGUGAGAGAGUGAGAAAUUGGUAAAUUGGAUCCUGGCCCGGUGGUAAACGGGACAUUAUGAUCGUGCGUGAUCGUUGCAAACGCAUUUUCCUCCCUGUUGGUGGUGUAAUGCAUUUAAUUUUUCUCUUUACGUGUAAUCCGCCUAGGUGUAUUAAAACGGUCAAUAGCAUUGAGUACAGUGAUGACACAUUGAUUUUUUACCUUCCUCGUGUUUAAAUCAGUUCUGCUUAAAAGUCUUUCGAAAUUUGGCAAUUAACAUGAAAUCUCUCGAUCUCUCGCAGCUUUCCACUUAUCGUUAAUUCAAAGCAGCUCAUGCUUAAGGUUCAAUUCAAUCACCAUGCGACAGGAACAAACCGUAUUCACCCCUUGCCUUCAACUUCUUCGCAUCCCCCGGGGGGUGAGGAGGGGGGGAGGGUGAAUCGACGAUAGAUUAAUUGAAUGCACUGUUGAAAAACGAGCACACGUAGCGCAACGGAGCCGGAGGGAAAAUUGUUCCAACUACAACUCCCAAGCUCAACCGACCGAAUGUGACUUGCAAAUCAAACCUUAUCGCGUUGCCACCACCACCAAUCCCUCACGUACUCCUCACACUAUUCCUUGCCGUAAUGCUGUUUAUUGGCAGCAGGAUAAAUUAAUUAAUUCCACAAGCGGGAUGAAAAUAAAUCACCCGUCCCCGUGCUGCUUUGCUUGCCUGUCCACUCGCCCAGCACAGGCGCUGUGCCCUAUCAAUCUGAUCGGAUGACUUUUUCACACCGCCAAAUCGAUGACGGAUUCCCUUUGCUCGGUGCAUUCACCGAUUCCGAUGUUUAUGAAACUAAUGAUACUACUCACCAGCACCAUUCCGAUGCUGCAUGCCGGCGGGCAGACAGACCAUUCUGCGCGAGGCGGGACAAUGGCAAAUGGAGACACGAAAAGGGCGAGAGAGGAAGCCAAUCAUCAACUGGCUUACUGUCGCACAAGCCAUCCCGAAGUCAUCCCGAGCUUUGAUAUAAUUAAUUUUAAAUGCAUUUAUCAAUCUUCUCGCGAAAAUUCCACUUGGGGAACACGGGACAUUGAUCGGCUCGUAGCUACAGUUUGUUUCAAGCGCAGUAUCGAAAUCACAUUAGAGCGCGUUCUUGCUUGCGUGUGUUUUUAUUUUAUGUGGACUUCCAGCGUGAUUGAAGCCCAGCGCCGGUCUAGAUUGUUGCAAAACACUCACAUCGUCCGGUAAAACUAUAUAUUUAAAAGAAGGCCGAAACAAAAAAGAAAAACAAACCCAAAAAAUGGAUACAUGAACAUAAUGAUUCAAACACUAGAUGGUAAAACUGAUGUGUAAAUAGUUGUUAUUGAUAAGAGCUUUCCGUCUCCCGGCAGAAGAUAGAAGCAAGCAUCCUUCAUCGGAAGGAAUCCGGAUCGGACACGUCACUCACGUCACUCAUUGCGGACGAGCCUCCGUUCAAAUCGAGCCGGCUAAUGCUUUCUUUCAAACUCAUUCCAACGGUUCGAUCUUGUUUGCUCCACAACUACACACACUCAGCGGGAUAGAGAGAGAGCGAGGGUGAGAGAAUUCACAGAAGGCACGUGAAAGCUGUUGUAGUAAAACUCUAAAUUAUACCUUCAUAAAAUCAUAAUUUAGACAGCAAAACACUACAAUUUGAAAGCAUGACUAAACCCAUCUCCAAAGGUGACAAGGCCCCCGGAUGGUUCGAUGAGCUAGAUGUAUUAAGUUUGUUUUAUAUGAUCGUGUCGAGACGGAUGUGUCUCUGCUCGUUGUUCGGCAUUCGGAAAAGCGAGCCACCUGUCUAUAUAUGCAGAAAAAGGAUAAAGAAAACAAAACCCUUCUAGAAGAAGCUGAAAGGGAAUGCAAAUAGAUGAUCGUGCGACAGCUGCUAGACCUAAUUACCUAAGCAAAACCCCGUCUAACUCUAAACGUUUUUCGAUGUAAUGACUUGUGUGUAAGGUGGGGCCGGAGGGAAGAAGGGAAAGGGUGAAAAUAGGGGAAAGCAUAAGGAAUGUCGUACAUGAACUCCCAAUUGUACUUAAACCGCAGCUCGACAAUGAACAAAUCGGAUUGAUGAUGUACAAUCCAAUGGAACAGAUGAAAAGGAACGGAAAGCUUACUCUAAUCACAAAUAGUCGAAUGUGUGGAUGAAUGGAAAUAAACAAAAAACAAAUACAGGAGCAUCGGCAAAAAGGGAAAACAAAAUGCGAAAAACGAUAAAAUUACUUAACUAAUCAAUACGGCCGAUGCGAUACGAAAGAAAACAAAACCAAAAACAUACGUCAAACACAAACCAAUUAAAAGCAGCAGAAUCAACAUGAAUAGUUUAGGGUGGCUUUUUUGUAACAAUGUUCGAUUGCUGGUGUAGUGUAACGAGUUGAUUGUGGUGAUGUGCAGACAGACAAGCAGAGAGAGAAACAAAAACACAGAGGAGACAACCAAACACAGCAAAAACAAAGCAAACUGUAGAGAAAAAGUGUUAGGAUGCGUUUGUGCGGAUGAUGAUUGUACGUUGGAUGAAGGAUGGACUGAUCGUGUUUGUGUGAGCGUAAAUAUUGAUAAAAAAAAGAUAAAAGGAAAGUGGAAAAUGGAAAAAACAGCAAAAGAUUUGAGAUAUAUUUGCAAACGUUUCUGUUGCAGUGGAAAUACCUGGUGGCCGCUACAAAUAAUUCUCUAGUGCGUUGGAUUGAGCAGGUGAAUAGCAAAAGCAGGGUGCAUUAUAUGAAAUUGGUUUAAAUAAAACUGAAUCCGAACGAACGA